AUGAAUUCGCAACCGGUGACGAUAAAGUUGGACAGGGAAAUCCACUUCUCCGGAUUCAAACUAUCGCCGAAGCAGAAACGGGAAAAUGCCAUCAAAAUGCGGCAGUACCAGGAGGUAAGUGUGAGGCAAAGGCUUUGUAGCUCCGUUUACAAGGUCCUUGGAUUUAAAUUUUAUCGAAUUUCCUUCAAUUUCAGACCAUUCUCUAUAUUGUACUUGACUUCAGAGCGAGUCCCGUUCUGGGUUUGUUGUGUUCCCGCAAAAUGGGUACUCUCCAUCCCACAGCCCCAUUAUCAACUGGGUAAUGGAAGUUGGGACCUUCAAGGCCUAUCCGCUUUACCGCAAGGUCUGCCCGGACGUGAAGGAUUACCUGGACUUGCGCUCCGCCGAACGCAAGGAAGAACAUACCGCCUUCCCGUACGGGGCGUUCGUCCAGUUCCGCAAAAGCGUUGUUGACGACAAAGUAGUCAUAUCGGAGGUGCUGAGCGUUAAUAGGACGUAUAUUGUGAGUGUUUUUGUAUUGUUCUUGGUUUUUAGGUAUACCUGACGGAAAAUGUCAAAAAUUCGGAAAAAUUCCCAAUUUUUUGCUGUAAGAUUUUUUAAAUACGAUGUAUGCAGUUGACUUAUGAUGUUUCGAGCACUAAAUCUGUAACUCGUCUGGGAAUGCUCGUCUUUAAACCUUAGCCAUGGUGAUCACAUAAAGUAUUCAAAAACUUGUCCAAUUUUGGGUGUAAAAAAGCAAAAGUUGUUCUGUGUCAUCUUCGGAGCUCAUCUAUGCAUUUUCAACGGUCAGAUCAGUCGUCUCUAAGAUAAUAUUCUUCUCGGUAUAUUAUCCAUGAUGAUCAAAAAAAAAUCCUUUUAUUCUUGAAACUUUUUAAGUUCGCCGACACUCGAGUGACCCGUGGCAUAGGUGAAGAGCUGAACAUGUUGUUUUUGCACAGUCUAGGCGUCAAAAUUCCAAUGGAGCCGCGGCAUAAUGACGAGUUUGCGCCGGGCGUCUCACAUGUUUGCGCAACCCAGGCGGAUGUCGACUUUUCCGUCAAAGACUUGCCUCAUCAGCCGGUGACGAUCUCCAUUGUCAGUAUUAACAGUCACACAGCCGAAGAGUUGGAAUGGUCGUUUUCGGUAAGGCGCGAGCUGCGCCCGAUGAUAGUUCGAAAUCGUACCGUUUUUUUUUUGUUUUCUUGUAGGGCUGGGCCGUCCAGAAGCUGGAUCACCAAUGGAAAGACAGUAUCGCUUCGAUAUUCCAGAAGCCAGGGUUCAUCAAACGAGUGAGUUUUUUUUUAUAUUGUAGUAGGUUCGAUAUUUAGGCCAUGCGAUGCGGAUACCCGGCGGUAAUGAUGGUGGUAAACGACAUGUUCCUCUUCGACGCAACCCGCCCCUUCCUUCCAAUCGUCGUCUGGGAUCAGCGCAAGAAGCGGCCGGUCCAUCGAGUCAAAGGCGACAUGGUCAAAGUCUUCGCCUACGACAGCCAUUUGACGGAGAUUGUGUUCGUUCGCACGGGUUGGAACACCCGCAAAAAGCUGGAGAGCACCCUACCCGUCUACGAGAAAUGCGAAGCCAUUUUCCGACAGAAUUGCAUGUUGUGGUUGGACGAGAUGGCGAAAAGGUCAAAGCCGAAAAAUGAAUCCGCCACUGGCGUCUGCAUGCUCAUGAGUAGGUCAAAUUAUUGUUGUGCUUGGUAUUUAGACUCUACAGAUUGUGAACAGAGGAAAAUUAUUCAACUUGCCCUCAGGGUAGAAGGGAAAAUUCUCACGUUGUAAGCUCAGAAUUUGAUGUCCUUUGCGUCGACGGAGUUGCAAGGAAAUCCCGGAAAACUUUUGAGUUUUUCAUUAUCAAAAUUUAUGCAAAUUUCAAUCAAUAAAUCUUGAUGGUUUUUAGAAGUCCAUUUGUAAAGUCGCUGGAGUGAUUUCAGCGAUGUGCAAGAAAAGUCACCGGUUUUUCCCAAAAAAACCUGUUGCACUGUGCAAUAAGUGGGAAAAUUGCACAGUGCAAUGUGACCUUUUGUUUUUGCACAGUGCAUGUCGCCGAAAUCACUCCAGCGACUUUGCAAACGGACUUGUAAAAACCAUCAAGAUUUAUUGAUCGAAAUUUGCAUAAGUUUUGGUAAUGAAAACAUCAAAAUUUUUUUGGGAUUUACUUGCAAACCCGUCGACGCAAGGGAUAUAAGAUUCUGAGCUUACAACUUGAGAAUUUUCCUUUUACCCUGAGGGCAAAUUGAAUAAUUUUUAAUUCUAGAUGUCCCCGAAUGCUUUGAGUCGGGAAGGAGACGAGAAGAAAACGGAAUUGUUCAUUAUUUGGCGGAAGAAAUUAUGCCCGAACUGAAUCUCGUCCUUCAAGGAGAAGAUCUUGUAGAAGUAAGUGAUUUGUUAUGUUUUUUUUUCAAUUUUUAGACCCAUCUUGACGGAUUUGCCAGCCAAUUCACUCGCAUCGAGCAACGCGCCACCAUGACCAACGGCAAAACCAAGGAGCAGUAUGACGUCAUGUGCAAGGAGAUCAGCAACCGAUGGGGAAGAUUGGACUUUGUUGUGAUGUUGUCGGACCGCGGCAAAGGCGCCAAAGAGCAACGUAUGAGCGUCAAGCCCUACUUGAAGAAAUAUGAAAUUGAUCCGUAAGAUUUUGCGGGAAUUUAGGGAGGAAAGGCGUAAAUUAUGGAGAGGGACGUGAUGUUCGGAAAAAUCUUUGGAUUUUUGGAUAAAAAAGGUUGAAUUGAUGGAAAAAAGAUAUUUUAUGAGAUGUUUAGGCAUCACACAAAAAUUUUGUGCAUUUUGAUUUUUUUUUUUGAAAAAAAAAAUUUUUUUGAUUUUUGAUAAAAUUUUUUUUUUAGUGUUACAAACCUCGUGGAGGGAAUCAGAGAGUUUAUCACUGAUUUUGGCAUCCAAAUUCGAUUCCUCCACAUUGAUUUGAAUGAAUUUUCGGAUGAAAAAAUUUUACGGCCAGUGCGAAGAGCCAUCAAAGCCUUGGUCACGGAGGUGGGCAUCUACUUGCACAUACCGUAAGUUGGAUUUUUAUUGAAAUUAAAAUAUCAAAAAAUAAAAAAAUGGGGAUAAAGAGGAAGAGAUUAUUGGGUAAUAGCAAAAAAAAAAAUUUUUUUUUUUAUUAUUUUGUCAUGGAUAAUAUAAUUUUUUUCGAAUUUUUUAUGAUCUUGUAAAGUCAAAAGAAAUCUUUUUUUUCAGCCUUUCCGUGGUCAGAAAAUUUUAUUAGCAUGAUUUUUUCUUCUUUUUUGAAGAUUUUUUUUCAUGGAUAAUAUAAUUUUUUUUUCAAUUUUUUAAAAAUUUUGUAAAGUUAAAGAAAAUCUUUUUUCCAGCUUUUCUAUGGUCAGAAAAUUUUAUUAUCAUGAUUUUUUUUCUUUUUUUGAAUUUUUUUUGUCAUGGAUAAUAUAUUUUUUUUCAAUUUUUUAAAUUUUGUAUUUUGUAAAGUUAAAGAAAAUCCUUUUUUUCAGCUUUCCCGUGGUCAGAAAAUUUUAUUAGCAAGGUUUUUUUUCUUUUUUUGAAAUUUUUUUUGUCAUGGAUAAUAUAAUUUUUUUUUUCAAUUUUUUAAAAAUUUUGUAAAGUUGAGGAAAAUACGUUUUUUCAGCUUUUCCGUGGUCAAAAAAUACCAUGUAAACGUCCCUCCCGCCGAAUGCCCCGAAAUGGAAAUCGCCCAAUCCAUUGAUCGCCUGAUCAAAGAACACUACGCGGAAAUCUGCUACCUCACCGAGUUGAACCAACAAAUUGAUUUCUUUAAUGACUCUUAA